AUGGGAGAUCCUAUAAAUAUCGUUCCUUUUCUAAGUGGGACUCAGCCAGAUGAUGAUUUGCCAGAAAUUAGAUCUGUUAAAGACAUUGAUGGCUUAACAAGGGACCAGUGCGCUCGCUACUUAGAUGGGUACGGAAUCCGCUUCAAUUUCAACGAGUCAAUUCAAAUGAAAGAAAGACUUUGUGAUGCCCUUGGUUUAAUCAGCGUCUACGAUCUUAGUCAUCACUUCUCUGAGUUCAACUAA